GGACUCGUUCUCCUCUUUCUCUUUCACUCUGCAUAUCAAAAGUGAAAGACUCUUCGGGCAAGAAGAAACGAGUCUGAAGGCAGAGAUCAUCAAUCAUGAAAAGGCAAGUCUCGAGCAGAACCACAGAGCAGGAUGGAUCUAGGAAUCGGACCAAAGGAACUUCAGCAGAAGCAGAAGCAGAAAGACCGACCUCUCCUGCUCCCAGCUGUUUGUCCAUGAAGAGUGAUCAGUCCAUGCGUUCUCUGAUCAAUUUCAGCGAAGGAAUAAAGACACAUGAAAGAAGGGUGGAGACAGAACGAGCACACUCACCAUCCCCUAGCUACGUCCCUGUGGAGAGCGACACGUCAAUAGGAAUGAACCAGAAUGCUGGAGAAACUCUACUGCGUUUGCACACAUCAGCCUCUGUACCGGCGAGGAACACACGGGAAGAGAGUGCGACUGUGGAACAUCGAGGUCACAACAAGACCUACACACAGCAGGCAGGGGCAGAAAGACCGACCUCUCCUGCUCCCAGCUGUUUGUCCAUGAAGAGUGAUCAGUCCAUGCGUUCUCUAAUCAAUUUCAGCGGAGAAGAAAAGAGACAAGAAAAAUGGGUCGAGACAGAACGGCCACACUCACCAUCCCCUAGCUAUGUUCCUGUGGAAAGUUAUAGGGGAAUAGAACUGAAUCAGAAUGAUGGGGAAACUCUUCUGCGUUUGCACCCAUCAGCCUCUGGCCCAGCGAUGAACACGCCGCAAACGCUAAAACUCUGUCUGCAGCACCGCAUGCCACGGGAAAUUCGUUGCAAGACAGAUCAGACCCUGAUCUGUAAACAGUGUGCGACUGUGGAACAUCAAGGUCACAACAAGAGCUACACACAGCAGGCAGGGGCCCUGCUGGAGCUAGACUUGUUGUCUCUACUCGAGCAAACACUGAGCAGCGUAGACACAAACAAGUUCAUGUGGUAUCUGUGCCAAAAUUACCCAGAAUGCUUUGAGGCUCCUCAAGUAAUUUAUGAUGACCAGGAAGCAUCUAAACUCAUUCUGGAGAGAUUUGGCCAGGAAGCAGCUCCAAAGAUUGCUUUAAAGGUCUUGCUGGAGUUAGGUAAAAGUCAAAAUACCAUGCAAGACUGUCUAAAAUCUAAGCUACAGGGUCAUCUUAGAUCUAAAUUCCAGUGCAUACUUGAAGGAAACGCUCAGCAGGGGAAUCCUAUUCUUCUAAACGAUAUCUUCACCGACCUUCUCAUCACCGAAGGAGGGGAUGGCGCUAUCAAUAAAGAGCAUGAGAUCAGGCAGAUCGAGGAUACGUGCAAAAACAAGGGAAUGGAAGAGAUUGUGAUAAAGUGCAAUGAUAUUUUCCAACCUUUACCCGGACAGAACAAGCGCAUUCGGACUGUGCUAACCAAGGGCAUCGCUGGGAUUGGCAAAACUGUGUCUGUACACAAAUUCAUCUUGGACUGGGCAGAAGGCAAAGCGAACCAUGAUAUCCAUUACAUCUUUCCGCUUCCUUUCCGUGACCUGAAUUUGAAAGGAAAAGGCGAAUAUAGUCUGAUGCAGCUGAUUCAUCAAUACUUUCCAGAACUUAAAGAACUCAAAACCAUAAGGAGCGAGGAAGUGAAAACCGUGUUCAUCUUCGACGGCCUGGACGAGUGCCGUCUUCCCCUGAAUUUCAGGAACAAUGAGAUGUGCUGUGACCUUACAAAGAUAAUCUCUGUAGAUGUCCUCCUAACAAACCUCAUUCGGGGAAACCUACUGCCAUCUGCUCUUCUCUGGGUAACCUCCAGACCAGCGGCAGCAAACCAGAUCCCUCCUGAGUGCGUAGACCAGAUUACUGAGGUCAGAGGGUUUGAUGACUUGGAGAAAGAGGAGUACUUCCGAAAACGGUUCAGUGAUCCAGGACUUGCAGAGAAAAUGAUUGCACACAUAAAGUCUUCAAGGAGCCUCCACAUUAUGUGCCAUAUUCCUGUCUUCUGCUGGAUAUCUGCCACAGUUUUGGAGAAGAUGUUGGGCCAAUCAGACAUGGAGGUACCUAAAACACUGACCCAGAUGUACACCCACUUUCUUCUCAUUCAGACACAUUUAAAAAACAAAAAAUACCACGGAGUGAGUCAGGACAACAUGGAUCUCUCCGAAUCUGACAAAGAGAUGAUAUUUAAACUGGCCAAGCUAGCGUUUCUGCAGUUGGAGAAGGGGAAUCUAAUUUUCUACGGAAACGAUUUGAUCGAAUGUGACAUAGAUGUCGGCAAAGCAACCGAGUAUUCUGCGAUUUGCACAGAGAUUUUCAAAGAAGAGUUCAGAUUGUACCGAGAGAAGGUCUUCUGCUUUGUACAUCUGAGCAUUCAGGAGCACUUAGCUGCUGUGUAUGUGCAACUAAAAUUUACAGACAGCCACGUAAACAUACUUCAAGAAAACAGUCAAAGCCAAAUGGUCAAGCUGUCCGAUUUGCAUAAGAGCGCUGUGGACAGAGCGUUGAAAAGUGAGAACGGACACUUUGACCUUUUCCUGCGCUUUCUUCUCGGUCUAUCACUCGAUUCCAAUCAGGCUCUCCUGAGAGGUCUGCUCCCAAAAGUGUGUUUGGAGAGUGUGGAGGAAACCGUGGACUAUAUCAAGGAGAAAAUCAGAAUGGAGUCAUCGGCAGAAAGGACUAUUAACCUGUUCCACUGUCUGAAUGAACUCAAUUAUAAUUCGUUGGUGGAAGAAAUUCAUAAUUUCUUGAAAUCAGGCAAGCAGUCAGAGACAGAGCUUAAACCUGACCAGUGCUCAGCUCUGGCCUACGUGCUGCUAACGUCAGAGGACGUGAUGAAUGAGUUCGACUUAAAGAUGUGUAACACGUCUGCUGAGGGAUAUCGGAGACUGUUACCCGUUGUCAAGACUUCUAAGAAAGCCAGGCUUGCUGGUGUCAACCUCACAGAUGAGUCCUGUGAGACCCUGGCUUCGAUUCUCAAGUCCACUAACUCACACCUGGUGGACCUGGACCUCAGCUUCAACAGUUUGGGAGAUUUAGGAGUGAAACUCCUCUGUAGUGGCCUCUCAGAUCCACACAGCAAACUGGAGAAGCUGACUCUCAGUCACAACGAGCUCGGAGAUAUAGGAGUGAAGAUGCUGUGUGACUGUCUGAUGAGCCCACACUGUAAACUGCAGACUCUUGGAUUGGCUGGAACAAACUUCUCAGAGCAGUCUUGUGAAUUAAUGGCUUCAGUCUUUCAAUCUGCUAACUCGCACCUGAACGAACUCGACCUUGGGUGCAAUAAAGACAUAAAAGACUCCGGAGUGAAGCUUCUCUCUGCUGGACUGAUUAGUUUACAGUGUAAACUUGAGAAACUCAGGUUGGACAGAUGUGACCUCAGCCAUGAAUCAUGUGAAGCACUGAAAGCUGCUCUCCAGUCACCCGGCUCAUGCCUGAGAAAGCUGGACCUCAGCUACAACAACCUUGGAGACUCUGGAGUGCAACAUCUCUGUGAUGGACUCACACAUCCGAACUGUAAUUUGGAGUUACUGGAUCUGAGCUACAACACCCUCGGACAUUCCGGUGUAACACUGGUGUCGACUGGACUGAUGAAUCCAGACUGCAAACUCAAGAGUAUAAGACUUGCUGAUGUCGGCGUAUCAGAGGAGACGUGUGAAACUCUGGCCUUGGCUCUACAGUCUGAAAAUCCACACCUCAGAGAACUCAAUCUCAGCAACAACUACAUCGGGGAUUCAGGACUGGAGCGGCUCUGUGCCGGAUUAAUCAGCCCGAACUGCUCCCUCACGAAACUAAGUCUGCGAUGGUGUAAUCUCACAGAGAGUUCCUGUUUAAACCUGGCCUCAGUUCUGAGAUCCCACACGCAUUUGACCGAACUGGAGCUCAGAGACAACGAUGUGCAAGAUUCAGGGCUGAAGAUGCUCUGUACCGGUCUUCAGGAUCCGGGGUGCUCACUGCAGAAACUGGGUCUUUCAGGGUGCUGCGUUACAGAAGACGGCUGCUCGGCUCUAGUUUUGGCUUUAAACACAGAUCUCUCGCAGCUCAGAGAGCUAGACCUGAGCUACAAUCAUCCCGGAGAGUCGGGCGUCAGACAGCUGUCUGCUGUACGGGAUGAUCCACACCGUAAACUGGAGAAACUCAGUGUGGAUCACUGUGGCGAGUACAGGAUCAAACCAGGACUAAAGAAAUAUGCCUGUGAGAUCACCCUGGACCCAAAUACAGCACACAGAACUAUGACUCUAAACGGUGACAAACAGGUGACAAGGACUCGAAGUCAGCAUUCGUACCCGGACCAUCCGGACCGGUUUGAGUUCUACGCCCAGAUUUUGUGCAGAGAGUCUCUGAGCGGCGCUCGCUUCUACUGGGAAACUGAUUGGACCGGCAAUAACGUUUAUAGUGGAGUAACUUACAAAGGCAUCAAUAGAAAAGGCCGCAGCAAUGAUUGUAAAAUAGGGUUGAAUAAUAUCUCCUGGAUUCUGUUCUGUUCUAACAACUACGGGUACUACGCUGGUUACAAUAACAAGGAGACUGUGGUUUCUCCUCCACCUAAUCCAUCCAGAAAAAUAGGAACCUAUUUAGACUGGCAGGCGGGUACACUCUCUUAUUUUAUCAUCACGUCUGAAAGGGUGUAUCACACCUACACAUUUCACACAACCUUCACUGAGCCUCUGUAUCCUGGAUACCGGGUCGAUGACACAGUGACACUGUGUGAGCUAAAAUAAAUAUAUAUCAUUCACUACAAGGAAUGUUCUGUAGUUUCUGUAGUAUGUCAGGAAUUUAUUCUGAUGGUUUAAAGAAAGUACUAAACGACUUUAAUAAUGAUAUACAUUAAAACCUUGGAUUGCGAGUAACACGGUUUACAAGUGUUCUGCAAGACGAGCAAAGAUUUUAAAUAAAUUUUGACUCGUUGAAAACGAACAAGUCUUGGUUUACGAGUAUCGAGUAUCAUGUAUCACUCAUGCGCUUCUUGUUUUGACGCCGAGCGUUACGUGAGCCAACGGUUUUUCUCUCUUGCGCUGCGGAAUUGUAGUUAAUCGCUCGUCUCUUACUGGUAUAAUCAACAUCCGUACUAUUUACUAUAACACUGUGACCACGUGUGUGUGUGUAAAACAUUUUUUAUUUUGUGUCUGGAUGCGUGUGUGUAACAGCGCGCGUGUAAAGCAAAAGCAAGUCUCAUUAGAGAGGUUAAAGAUCUUUUUUCUCUCGCUGCUCAAGGCUCAACCUGAUCUUUGUGUCGGUGUGCACGCGCGUCAUUGGACACCAUGCCACACACACAUCAAACACACACACACACACACACACACACACACAUCAAACACACACACACACAGAUGCCUCCUACUUUCGCCUUCACACACACACACACACAGAUGCCUCCUACUUUCGCCUUCACACACACACACACACAUUCUUUCUCUCUGCUUUACACAGAAAUGCUGCUUUGUUUCGAUUCUUUUUAAAGGUAGGUUAAUUUGUUUUAUUUUUAAAGUGUCAUUAAAGAAAUUUAUUUAAUAUAAAAUAAAAGAGUUUCCAUUGUGUGCACGUGUGUGAAAAGAGUGAAGGAAGGGUAACUGUGUAAGACGGGAAGGGGGAGAUGGGAGCUUACUUUAGACUCACACAGACACAUACACACACACAAACGCGCACAAACGGAAACACCUAUCUGUCUGGAUUUAUUUUUACUUUACAUUUUGUAUUAAUUAUGUUUAUGUAUUUAUUUUUUGGGCUGUGGAACGAAUAAUUUAGGUUUCCAUUAUUUCUUAUGGAAAAAUUCAAUUUGGUUUCACGAGUGUUUUGGAAUACGAGCCCACUUCCAGAACGAAUGAUGCUCAUAAUCCAAGCUUACACUGUAUGUUAGAUAGAUAAAUAGAUAGAUAGAUAGAUAGAUAGAUAGAUAGAUAGAUAGAUAGAUAGAUAGAUAGAUAGAUUGAUUGAUUGAUUGAUCGAUAGAUCGAUAGAUCGAUAGAUCGAAAGAUACUGUAUACAGAGGACACUCAGGACAGGUACCAAUUAAUCACAGGGCACACACACACACACACACACACACACUACAGACAGUUUGGGAGCGGCAGUUAAACCAAUCUUCAUGUACACAGACCUGGGUGGGAAUCGAACCCAGACCCUGCGGUGUUAAUUUGUCCACCACGAUUUUUUUUUUUUUUUCAAAAUUGACCUUAUUUAACUUCCUAAAUGUGUAUAUUUGCUGUCUGUAAAGCACAUUUUCAUGCAUUUUAACCAUUUAUUAUUAUUAUUUAAUGUGAAGGUUAUAAUUGAUGUUUUUAUGUUUUUUUAAGUGUGCACAUUUGGUUGUUUUACACAUGGUUAUUAUUCUUAAUUUAAAUUUUGUAUGCACAAAUUGCUGCUUUUUUCUGAUCAGUGUUAUUUAUUAUUUUUAUUACAACACUAUGCGUUGUACAAAAUAAAAUGUGACAUGAAUGCUUGUUUGACUUUUAACUAUUUUAAUUUUGUUUGUGUAUGUGAACAUGUGUAUUAAAAAGAGUAUACAAAGAGCCGACUCAUAAAAAUGUGAUGAAUGAAAAUA